AUGAGGACGUGUGCGUCUGCUCCGUGUGUGCGCCAUUUGGAACAUGCUUUUCCACGCAUUGCGCUGCUGCUGCUGGUGCUACUUUUGGUGCAAUCCACGACUUUUGCGCAGCCCGCACCCGAGUGCUUCCCUGGAGGUCAUCGCACUCUGCGGAACCCUCACCGCAGUGUUGACUUUGACUCCACUGAGUUGCAAAGUACGGCCAUCCAAGACCUGGUCUGUGACCACUCGCUGGCACCGGGCUGGUACCGGUUCAAGAUCGACAACAAGCCGGCUGAGAUGCCGACCACCUGCGUCGAGAUGAAUCGUUGUGGGACGCAGGCACCCGUGUGGCUCUCACUGAAGGACACACCCCUACCGCGUCCCGGGGAGAUCCGCCAGUUGUCCGCCUGUGCCACCUGGCAGUUCUUCCGAGGCAGCACCAAAGACUGUUGCCUCUUCCGCAUCCCCAUCACGGUUCGCAACUGUGGCGACUUCUUGCUCUACUACCUGCAGCCCACACAAGGAUGCAUGGGAUACUGUGCCAAAGUCGCUCCAACCGUGGCACCUAGGAUCUGCCUGCCAGGUGAGAUGGAGGUGAACGGCCGAUGCAAGGAUGCUCUGCCGUCCUUGCAGUCGCGGCCUGUUAUCUCACCAGAGCUAAUCGGUCACAGCGUCCAUUUGAGGUGUUCCUUCGUCCCACCGCCAUGGAGUCAACCACUAGGCUUUCAUGUGGUGUGGGCGCGGCACAUCAGCCACAGCAUGAAGGUCGAGAUCCGCCAAGAGUCCAUAGUGAAGCCGUUCUCACUGGUGGAGAUGGAUGCCAUUCACUUCAGGCUUGGAGAGACGUUCUCAUGCAGCGUGUCCACGUUCCAAGUCAACAUCACCCGCAGCCAGUCUUCUCACAGAGAGAGUGAGGCUUUCUUCGCUGGGUUGAAGUUUUCAGUGGAGUCGUUACAUGUCGCGGAGAAUGGCGAAGAGCACGAGGUCAGCAUCCGCAGCACGGUGCCCAUCUCCUGCUACAACCUCCAUCGCUGUGGGCUCCCCCUGGUGUUGAGUGUGCAGGAACCAGACCGCCUCGGACAGGAGGUCUCCAACCUGGCACUGUCCACCUGCCAAGUUGAGAUCCGCCCGACUGCUUGCAGUGAUGGGAGCUGCGCCUGGACGACCUUUUUCCUCACCGCCGUCACCGACUUCACACGGGAUGGGAACCGCAUCAGUUUGAUCAGCGCUGUUCCCGAUGCAGGUGCACCUCGGCUUUGGAAGAACUACAUUCCAACGUCGCUGAAAGUCACAGUUCAGGAUGUUCCCACAUCCAUAUGCUACUCACUGACGGACCCACAUGUCAUCACACUGGAUGGCAGGCGCUACGACAACCACCAAACUGGCACCUUUGUUCUGUACCGGAGCCUCGCCAGGGACUUUGAGGUCCACUCUCGCCAAUGGGACUGUGGCAGUCGUCAUUACGCUGUGUCUUGCAGCUGUGGUGUUGCUGCUCAAGAGGGCGACGAUGUAGUCAUCUUUGACAUGUGCAAUGGCCAACCGCAGGAAACAAGACCCCAGCUCACUGUGAAAGUCCUCGGUGAGGAUCAUGGUCAUGGUGGCCAUGUCCGUGUGCUGGAGUCUCACCAGGGAAAGAAAGUCACCAUGAUCUUUCCAUCCGGCGCCUUUGUCCGAGCUGACGUUGGCGACUGGGGAAUGAGCCUCUCUGUCCGGGCGCCAAGUGUGGACUACCGCAACACGCAAGGCCUCUGCGGCACCUUUGAUCACAAUAGCAACAAUGACAUCCACGGCUACAAAGGUAGCCAUGAUGACUUGCAUGGCUUCAUAGAGAACUGGAGGAUAGCUCCCGGUGAGAGUUUAUUUGACAAAAACCCUCCUAGCUCAAGACAAGAGGACAGGAGACCUUUUUGUCUGUGCCAGAAAAGAUACAGUUCUUUUCAUCCCGCUGGUAGAGGAGCGGGACACACGCCUGGUCAAUCUGGUCACUCUGAUUGCAUUGCGCAGGACAAUGUGGAUUACAUAUCUGUAUUCCCCUCACUGGACACCACACUGGAGUACCUCAAGCAUCCUGAAAUAGAGGCAAGCAUCCUGAACGUGUCCUCCCAUCAUCCCUUGGAGGGGUUGCGCCCUCAUUUCAAUUCCCACAAUGAACAAGUGUUCAGAGAUGACCUCCUAAUGUCAGUUGAGAGACUAAGAAGACAGACAAUGUUUGAGUUCCAGCCAGUUUUUGACUCUCAAAGCCUCAAGCAAGCUGAAUUGGAGCACCUUGCCUACUUUUUCCCCGAGGAUCACCUCGUAAAACCGCGACCAGAGGUUCAAGCUCAAUGGCCCACGCCAAGCGGUCUGACUUCUGGCAAAGCUCUGGAAGUAUGCCACAUAGCUUUGUCCAAUUCCACAGUUGGUGCAGUUUGCCAAGGGUUGCUGGGGCGGCGUCUUUACGAAGCAGUGGACCUCUGCAUCUUGGACCUUCAGCUGAAAGACGACCUGGGCUGGGAUGAGGCACUGCUGCCCUACCUAGAGAACGAGUGUGAGAGGAGACUGCUAGAGAACCGGGCCCAGAAGGCCAUGGAGACACUUGGUCAGCCGGGAGUGCCUGGGGAUGUGGUGACAGCGCUGCGCUGCCCUAAUUUUUGCAAUGGCAAUGGAGAGUGCACAGAUUCUGGUUGUCGGUGUCACCAAAACUUCAGCUCGUAUGACUGCAGCGUUGCUAUUGCCCAGCCAGUUGAGCUAAGUGACCUGGAAAAUGGCGGCCUCUGUGAUAUCAGAAUAUUCAACUGCAGGAACAUUCGGGUCUUUGGCCUGGGCUUCGUUGACUCUCCCAACCUGAGCUGCCAUGCCACUAGAUUGAAGUAUGUCAACGGCGUUUGGGUUCUAGGGGAAAAACACAGAACAAGAGCCACAUUCCUCAGCUCCAGGGCUUUGGACUGUGUUGUGCCCUCACUGAGCAGUGCAACCGUCAACACAGAAGACUUCUUGAUGGACGACAAACCGUAUGCAAGGUGGAAGAUCAAGGUGACUAACGAUGGCUCCCAGUACAGUCAAACCAAGGUGCUCACGAUCUACGAUGGCCUUUGUCAGGUGUGCACUGCUUCCGGCUCAGGACUUUGUAAGUUAAAGGACCGGAUAUGUAACAUUGACGGGAUGUGCUUUGCAGAAGGAGAUUUAAAUCCAGGAAGCCCGUGCCUGCUCUGUGACCCAAACGCUUCAAAAUUCACAUGGUCACUCAGCCAAGUCAACGAGCCGCCAACCUUCCAUCGACUUCAGAACGACCUGCGAACAUUCGCCGGAGAGAACUUUGUCUUCCAGUUUGCAGCAUCAGAUCCAGAAGGCUCAGCCCUGCUCUUUCAACUGGAGACUGGCCCCAAGGGUGCCACGCUCUCACCGGCUGGGCUCCUCAUCUGGGAGGUCCCAUCAUCUCUCGGACAGGAGGGGCAUCAGUCAACCAUUCACCUAAUGCUGUCGGAUGAGUGCAAUGCUCAUAACACCUUUACGGUUCAGGUCCAUGUGUUGCCAUGCGGAUGUCAGAAUGGAGGAACAUGCGUGACAGAUGUCAACUUCCCUGCUGGCAGUGGGAAGUACCUGUGUGUAUGUCCUGAAGGGAAACAGGGGGACCUGUGUAAUGAUAACGUGGACAAAUGCUUGUUGGCACCGUGUCCAAAUGCAACAUGCAUUAACACAGCUGGGGGAUUCAGAUGCGAGUGUCCCGCAGGGUUGUCAGGUGCAACAUGCCAGGAAGAUGUUGACGAGUGUGAGCGCACACCCUGUUUCGCAGGAGUACAAUGCCUCAAUAGUUAUGGCUCCUACACCUGUGGCCCCUGCCCUAAAGGAAUGCAAGGGAAUGGUACAUUGUGCACAGUGGACGAGAUGCCUGCAACCAUCACUACCUCAUUGGCUGCAAAAGCCACUAUUCGCACAAUUCCAGUUCUACUGCAGACCCCAACUACUCUUAACCCAAGACUCCACGCUGCCAAGAGCAUGCCAGAUAUUAGACCAAACCCUCUCAAAGUUGGUCUAUCUUUAAUUAGCGCCACAACUGAGAAGAACACCAGUGUACUGAAACCCACAGCAAAACCUGUUGCAGCAACCUGUGCCAGCAGGCCUUGUUUCCCUGGCGUUCAAUGCAUCAACCGACGCCUGCCGCAUGUUGGCUACGUUUGUGGUCGGUGCCCACCCGGCCUUCACGGCAAUGGUCGCACCUGCGUAAAAAAAGCUAAGGCAGCAGGCCAUAAGAGCCGAUCCCUGCACAGCAGCAGCAGUAAGGUGUCCAGCCUCCAUUUACCGGUCCUGCCUUCCAAACACACCAUGAAACGCCUGCCUGUCAAUAGAGAUUCCGCACUGCAUCAGCAUUCAGCUUUUUGGAGGGGAGGAGGUACCGGUCGGAGGGAGGCUGUCUCCGGUGAUAUUGGGAGAACAACAAUCAGUGCUCUUCCUGUCACUGCCACCCACAGAGGCCACGUCACAUCCUCCAGAGCGUUUGUAGUUUCCGGUGAGACUGUCCCAAAGCCGUUUGAACAAGGCAUGUCUUCUAAAGUAACUCCACCCGCUCCUCGUCUCAUAACACAGUCUGGCCAAGUGACACAGCCUAGAGCGACCACCCACCUGUUCAAUUACGUGUCAUUCCGCCCUGCUAAACCGUGGACCUCUCUGAGACCUGUACGCCCUCUUACAGCAGCGCUCAGAGGUGUGCCUUAUACCCUGCCAGAGUCCAAAUUCUCUACAGACAAAGACAAAGUAACAUUGAGCCCUAUAACAACAAACCACACCUUCCUUCUCAAGAGAGUGUCGUACACCCAACCGCGGGUCGCUGAUCAUGUGACUGAUAACAAACGUGUGGUGACAUGUGGCGACCGGCCAUGUUUUCCUGGCGUCCAAUGCAAUGCAAUGCAACGGGACAGCUGUGGCCGCUGUCCCGUUGGCUUCACUGGAGAUGGACAAAUGUGUCGAGCCGUUUGCAGGCAAGCGUGCGGACGGAACAUGGAGUGCGUGGCACCCAACAAGUGUAGCUGCAAGGCAGGUUACACGGGUUCGCACUGUCAAACAGCAAUUUGUGAGCCGAUGUGUGUGAACGGGGGAGCGUGCGUUGCUCCGGGGGUCUGUCAGUGUCCUGUCGCGUUUCACGGCGAGAUUUGCCAAGAAGCUCUGUGCAGGCUGCCAUGUGAAAACGGAGGCACCUGUGUGGAACAUCAGACAUGCUCGUGUCCUUACGGUUUUGUCGGACCGCACUGUGAGACCAUGGUGUGUAGCCACCACUGUCACAACGGUGGCAGGUGUGUGUCACCGGAUGAAUGCCAGUGUCAGCCGGGCUGGAGUGGCCCCUCCUGUGAAAACGCUCUUUGCUCUCCAGUCUGUCCGAACGGAGGGUCGUGCGUCCGGCCCGGCACCUGCAAGUGUCCUCCUGGUUUCUUUGGGGCCCGGUGUGAAAACGCUGUCUGCACGCCCGCCUGCAAGAACGGUGGUUUCUGCAUGAGGAAUAACGUCUGUACGUGCCCGCCAGGAUACACCGGGGGGCGCUGUGAGCGAAGCGUGUGCGAGCCCAUGUGCAUGAACGGCGGUCGCUGCGUGGGUCCCUACUUCUGCGACUGUCCGUCAGGUUGGAGAGGAAAGCAAUGCGAACGACCCAGCUGCGUGCAAACGUGUCUGAACGGCGGUGAGUGCAUCGGACCCGACGCCUGCCGCUGUGCUCCAGGCUGGCACGGACCGCUGUGUCACAUUCCUUACUGUCAACAAAAGUGCUCGCAUGGCAGCCGCUGUGUGCGACCCAACGUGUGUGCGUGUCGGAGCGGGUUCUCAGGCGCUCUUUGCUCCAGGAGGCUGUCCACUUGAACAAUCUGCCAGAAGUGUAAACAGUCAAAGGUUUGUGUGGCACUGGGGGCAUCCUCCGAGCCUCCCCACCCCCGUCUCCUUCAUCACAUGGCUGAGGAAUGAGACUCACGCUUCCGGGAGAGAUGGAGGAUGCCAACUCUUCAACACGUACUAACUAAUAAGGCAGCUGUCGCUCCGCUAUGAAAGAGCAUUGUGUUAACGUCACUCAUUUCAUUAUCAUAUGCUUGUAUCUUGACGCUUUCAUGUAGUCUAUUUAUUUAUUUGUUUGUCGCUGGUGUCACGGUUGCAUGAAUCCUAAUUAAUUCUGAAUGUUUUAUGUAUUUGUAAAAUGCUUAUUUUGGGUUAUUAGGUGUAAUAGCAAAAUGUAGAAUAUCCCAGACUUAUCAGUGCACCUUGUAUGCACUGUAUACAUAAUGUUUGAGCCUCAUUUGUUUCAUUUAUUGACAUUAAAGGACCC